GUACCACAUACCUGAUUGUGCUCCCAAGUGUUGGAUUGACAAGACAAGUUUGAAGGAAACCCUCAACAUCUCCAAGGUGCUUUAAGGUUACAAAGGCAAACAAGAAUGGUAGACUAAUGCGUCGGAGCUGCCGAUUAACCACAGAAAGAGUAAUGAGCUCCGAAGAUACACGCUUGCAACGGACACUCGACAGACUGUUGAAUGGAUAUACAGGAGCAUAUGCAAGGUCUUGAAUCAUCAUUUCGAGCAGCUCUUCAGGUAACCUCGACAACAUGGUUAUCACAUUAGCGCCUGGCACGUUUACUUACCAGCUGCUUACCAGUAGGGUGACAGUAUGUGACGGCAUUUUGGUUCAAGAUUUUUUUUACAAGCAUCGACACAUCGCAAACCCUUCGAACAACUUCAAUUCAUGCAACAGUGCCUCACCACCGAGGGCGACCUGAACGAAAGCGACAGUAAUAAUAGCAACAAUUCUCCAAAUCAGGGCAAUGACUCAGCUGGGCCAAGAGGUGGUGCUGGAACUGAAGUCAAUAGUGCGUCAGGCUCGAGUGACCAAGAUCGAAGCUCAGGAGGUGGCUCUUCUAAUGCUCGCACAAAGCGCAGCCUGGGGCCUACAUAUUCUCAGAGAGACAACAAGCGCCCCCGACAGCACUCAGAUUUUCAGGUCAUCUUGAAUGCAAGCCCCAUUUCUGGCGGUAACAUAUGUUUUUUAACCCUGGGUUUUCAGGAACUACACCUCGCAUUUAAUUGUCCCCGUGAAAAUCUGUUGUCGCAUGGCUUCAGCGAAUAUUCUGUCAUUCCUAUGCCUGUCUCUGUGCCUUCUGGCACUGACAAGCCUCCUCGCCGUGGCUCUUUCACUACUUCAAUCGGCAGCAGCAGUGGUGCAUCAAGUAGUGGUACCACUGCCAACUCAAUUGAGAAUCAGCCUCUGUUUUCCCCGCAUUCCGGCCCUGUCGUUCCCGAGGGCAUCGCCGCAACCAGAUCCACAGAUAAUUCAUUGACUCAACCAGCCUCGCAAUCAAUUGUGGAAUCGUCGAAUGCCACUUCCGUCAUUGAAUCCAGCUCUCAGAAGGCGCUCCCGAUUGUUGAUCAUGCCGGUGUGAUCCUCGACACUAAGGUUCAUCAAUCUACCAAGGGGAUAGUAUGGGGCGGAAAGAUGUAUCUUGAAGGAUUGAAGCCUGCUCCUAAACCCGUACAUGUUGUGGUCAAGCUUGCGGACUGGGAGAGAGAUAGCGAGGCGCCUGAAGGAUCUCAAACUCCUUAUGGUAAAUCUCUGUGUUAUGAAGCGAAGAUUUACCACCACUUGGUUGGGUCAAAUAUUGGCCCUCAUUUCUAUGGUGUUUUCAAUAACUCUGGAUCAAUUGCACUUGUUCUCGAAUACAAGGGUAAGAGGCUCCCCGAUUUUGGUACUCUCACAGACGAUAGAAAACAAAUGCUAUUCAAUCAAGCCUGCAACUUGCAUUCACUCGGGGUCAAGCACAAGUAUCUAGCCCCACGUAAUGUUCUGGUCAACAAAGAGGGAGAUUUGACUAUUGUCGAUUUCCACCGAUCGAAGCUUGGGCAUAAGUGUAAAGGAUCCAGAAGAUGCUCAGAGUUAAGGGACUUUGCGGAGCACCUUCAGAUAGUCGUCUAAUAUCGUUACACCUUUAACCUAUGCUGUAGCAGUAUUUUUCCGUCGUGUAACUAAAAAUAUGGCUCAUCGAAAUAACGAAAUUUUCGACGUCGGUAUCGGACAA